CAGUGAGCAUGGUGAUGCUGGAUGAGCUCAAAUCUGAAAUAAGCCAGGCACCAUUCAUAGCCAUUAUGUUUGAUAAAGCUACAGAUUUGUCUAAUUCUGCUAAACUAUCUGCAGUGCUUCGAUAUGUUUCUAAAGAAGGACAUUUGAAUGAACGUUUUGUUGGCUUUGUAAAUGGGACUGAGGUUACAGACUUGUAUGAGCACCUCUAUACAUUUGUUGAACAGUUUGAUUGUGGAGCUAAACUUGUUGCACAGACUUACGAUGGAGCUGCAGUUAUGCCAGAAGUGAAGAGAGUCAAAGAACACCUAGAGCUCAAAAAAGCAGAGUACCAUGAAGGCUAUGCUGCGUUUGCCACAGUGACAAACUCUGAAGAAAGCCCAGCUAAGAGGGCCAGGCUUUCUGUCCACAAUGAAGAGGACUUUCAGAAGCUGUACACCGAAAUCUUUGCCACAGUUUUGCUUCAACUUGAAACAAGAUUUGGAUCCCUGGGUAAACUGAAAUUCCUAGAACUACUGAAUGUGGCUAAAUAUUCUAAGUACAUAAACAACUUUCCUGAAACUUCUUUAGCUUUCCUGAAGGAAACAUAUGGACAGUUCUUUGACCUUGUUCUUCUUCGUUCUGAGCUUAUAGUUUUGUACUCGUCAUCCAACAUGGCCAAGAAGAAUGUUGCUGAGCUAAUGACUUACAUAAUUGACAACGGGAUCCAAGAGGCCAUGAAAGAAGUUUAUAAACUUUGCAGCCUUUUUCUGACCAUCCCAUCUAUAACUGUGGCAGGAGAUAGGACAUCUUCUGUGCUGAAAAGAAUCAAAACUUUCAUUUUCACUGCUGUGGCUCAAGAGCAUAUGUCAGCACUGGGUUUAUUGGCAAUAGAAGGAGACCUGGUAACACAACUCAAGUCUGAGAGUACCUUCUACGAUAAAGUGACUGAGCAUUAUGUGAAGAAAAAACACUGCAAUGACUUAGUGUACAAGUAACACAGAGUUCAUGUUGAGACCAAAUGUAAGAACACUGUUCAAAAUCUCUAACUUGUUAGCAUUAAAAUGUGUUCACGUAAUUGUUUUCUACUUCAGUUGCAUAAUAAGGUUUGCUUUAAUUCA